CUGUGAAGAUGCCACUGAGAGAGUUGUGGCACUUUUUUCAAGAAAAAAAAUAAUGCUUCACUCACUAAUUGUAAGAAGCCAUUGUAGUACUAGUUAGGACAUGAACAGUGGAAAUAAUCAAGAACUGAAAAUACAUUUUAUGUUUUCUUUCAAGAAAAAAAAAAUGGGCUCCUCAAAAACCCAUCAUUAUGUCUUCAAUCCCAAGUUUAAAAAGUUAAAGACAUGAUGUGAUUGCCACCAUUACCUGUUUCUGUUUGUUUUUCUCUUAUUUGUGAGUAUAUCAAAAUAUCAAAAAGCUUCAAUCUUUCUGUAAUUUCUCUGAAGAAUCUUUAAUUUCAGACCAGACCAACAAAAUCCCAGGCGGAUUGUUUUGGAGUGUGGCUUAGGUUUAGUCUUGCUGCACGUUUGAGCAACGCUACUAUGCUUAAACAAAUCCUUGCAAAACUUCCUAGGAAAUCAUCGAAAUGUGAUUCGUUUGAUACAUCGGGAAGCAAUUCCUGCAACAACACCACGAAUUCAGGAAAUGGAAUUCCGUUUACCAAUAGUUGCACUGUGAUAGCAACAAGGCUGAAUGUAGUGAAACGGAUGUCGACAGCGAUUUUUCCUACGAGUAUUGUGGCUGGUGGUGACUCUGUGCCACCGCAUGUUCCUUUUAAAGACGUUUCAAACGCGGAGAAGCAAAGCUUAUUCAUUAGCAAGUUGAAUCUCUGCUGUUCAAUUUACGAUUUCAAUGAUCCAGAUAAAGAUUCUGCGGAGAAGGACUUGAAACGACAAGUUUUGCUUGAGCUGAAUGAUUUUGUUGCUUCUGGAUCCGCAAGAUUCACGGAAUCAGCAAUUGCUGCGGUCUGUAAAAUGUGUGCAGUUAACCUGUUCAGAACGUUUCCUCCUAAGUCAUAUCUCUCAGCUCGCGGUGAAAGUGAAGAUGAAGAACCGAUGUUUGAUCCAGCUUGGUGUCAUUUACAACUUGUGUAUGACUUAUUCCUUAGCAUCAUUAGUCAAAGCUCUCUUGACGCAAAAGUUGCUAAGAAACACGUAGACCAUUCUUUCAUAUUGAAAUUGCUUAACCUAUUUGAUUCUGAGGACCCAAGAGAAAGAGAAUGCUUGAAGUCGAUAUUGCAUCGUCUUUACGGGAAGUUUAUGAUGCACAGGCCUUAUAUCAGAAAGGCUGUAAGCAAUAUUUUUUAUCGUUUUGCUUUCGAGACCGAAAGGCAUAAUGGGAUUGCCGAGCUUCUAGAGGUUUUUGGAAGUGUAAUUAGUGGAUUUGCUUUACCAUUAAAGGAAGAGCACAGAUUGUUUUUCUCCAGGGCGUUGAUACCUCUGCACAAGCCGAAAUCUUUGGGUGUCUAUCAUCAACAGUUAGCAUAUUGUGUCGUACAGUUCAUAGAAAAGGAACAAAAUCUUGCUAGCGUAGCGAUAACGAGAUUGUUGAGGUAUUGGCCGGUGACAAGUAGCCAGAAACAGUUGAUGUUCAUCAGUGAGUUGGAAGAGCUUUUGGAAAUGAUCAGUGUUGCAGAAUUUGAAAAGAUCAUGGUGCCCUUGUUUCGUCGUAUAGGUUAUUGCCUUAACAGCUCCCAUUUCCAGGUGGCCGAAAGAGCACAUUUCUUGUGGAACAACGAUAACGUACUUAACCUCGUGAUGCGUAACAGGCAAGUGAUCAUGCCAAUUAUUGUCUCAGCUUUAGAACGUAACAGCCAAAACCACUGGAAUAAAGCAGUUCUUAAUCUGACACAAAAUGUGAGGAAAGUCUUUUCCGAGAUGGAUGAAGAACUUGUACUCGACUGCCAAGGCAAACUCGAAGAAGAAAAUUCAAAGUCAAAUGUAGCAGCGGAGAGACGAAGGUUGACAUGGGAGCGCCUAGAAAUCGCUGCUAACUAUCAACCUGUUACCAUGCCUUCUAAUAUUUCAGGCCUGGUAAAACCCGCCACUUGUCUUGUUUCGUGCUAAUAUGAUCGUUGAUUUAUAUCAGAAGUAUCUUAGCUCAUUCACGUGGUUUAUUCCGCGACCAAAAAAAAAACAUGCAUGUUGUUUAGUAUAUGGAUUUGUCUUGAAUAUGAAUGUAUAUAGAUUCAGAUUUCACUAAUUUCUAAAGCUGUGGUAAGUGAUUACUACCAUGACUUAUUCUUUUGGUUUUUAAAGAAGAUAAGCCAUUUGGUUGCACUCAUUUACAUCACAGUGUUUUUUUUUUUUUUUUGGAAUCGCGUCGAAAUACUAUUCGACAUCAGCAAUGAACUAUAUUAGUAUGCUCUUCUUCUCAAGAAUAUGAAGAGAUUAAUUUUUCAGUAUCAAAAGAAUGGUUUUAGCUGU